GUGGAUUAUUUGAAAUUUGUCGUUGCGUGCUGUUAACCUCGGAAAUGGCAGAGCAUUCGAUUGAUGAGGGUGACUGGGAUGAUGAUGUUAAAAAUAAGUACAAACCACCGGAAAAACGUACUUUGGAUGAGUUGAAGAGUUUGGAUAAGGAAGAUGAAAGCUUGCAGAGGUAUAAACAAGCCCUCCUAGGUGCUGCCGUUUCAACCAUCAAUGCUCCAUUUCCAGAUAAUCCUUCAAAUGUUGUCGUUGAAAAGUUUUGCAUACUCGUUGAAGGACAACCUGAUAUUGAAUUCAACUUACGAGGUGAUCUUUCCUCUCUUAAAUCCAAGCCAGUUCAAAUUGUUGAAGGCUCCAGUUAUCGCAUCCAAGUGAUAUAUUACGUUCAGCGUGAUAUUGUUUGUGGGCUUCGUUUCAAACAGUGGACAAAUAGAGGUCCUCUUAGAGUUGAUAAAGUAUCUGUUAUGCUCGGCAGUUAUGGUCCACAAGCUACCCCGUACGAAUGGAAAUCUGAGCCAGAAGAAGCACCAAAAGGUGCUCUGUCACGUGGUACCUACCAUAUUAAAAGUCAAUUCACGGAUGACGAUAAAACAGACUAUGUCACUUGGGAAUGGUGCAUCAAUGUUGUCAAUGAAACAUAGACUGCCUUCAAGCUACAGGUCUGAAGUUUCUGUAGCAGUGGUGAUUAUUUUUACAAGAUGGGGUAGCUAGCCUCAUGCCCAACCUUCCCUCUUUACCAGUUUUAUUACUGGCUUAGCGGGGUAAAGUAGUGCGUCGUCGGCCGGGGAUCGAAACCCGGACUACAUGCGUGGUUAGCGAGCAUUCUACCCCUAUGCCACGGACGCUCAUCAAUUUCAUCGAAUUUGAAAAUGCCUUC